AUGAAGGAACAAUUCACAGUCAUGAUACCACUUAUGCUUUGCCUCAUCGGUCUGACCAAAGCCGGCUUAUUUAAGCCCACACCCACAACCGAGGAUCUAACCACUAUCGAGAUCCGAAAACGCGUUGCACGAGCCACGAUUCCAUCCUGUACAUGGGAAGGUCAUUGCCUUGGAGAUUCAUGCGUCCGGGAUGAUGACUGCGAUCACGGGUGGGUUUGCGUUCGCGGCAUAUGUGCGCUGAAUUCGGGAGGGGAUACGACAAUGCCGACCAUCAAACCAUCCUCGCCAUUUCCAACGGCAACAGUUAUCACGCUCGUCACUUCGGUGGUCACUGAAUCUCGUGCGGACCCAAAUGCGAGUUCGUCUGCUAGCUUAAAUGAAGCAAAAUCUGUAGCCACGAGUACAGAAUCAAUAUCGUUGAAAACGGCCUCCCCAAACCCUAUAAAGCACGGUCUCUCAGAAGAGGCGAAGAUUGGCAUCGGUAUUGGAAUCCCCAUCCUCGCUAUCAUUGUUAUCUCACUUCUCAUCUGUACCCUGCUCUACCAGCGGAAGCUUCGCAAGGUCAGCGCCAGGGAAGACAUAGACGCUGGUCCUGAAGCAAGACAUUCGGAUCCAAAGCAGGAUAGGGUGCAAUAUGUAAGAGAGCCAUAUAAGUAUCAGAUGGUGGAGAAUGGUUCUCGAGAAUAUGGACAUGUUCAUGCUGCGGAGCUAGAGGCGGAUCUGAGAGAAGAAAGACCAGCGGAAUUGCCAGAGAGAGCAUAA